AAGUCGAUGAAUCAGUCUUCUGAGAGUUAUUGUGGAGAAAAGUCGCCAUGCCUUCGCAGGAGUAUCUUGCUGAAUUUGUUAUAUUAAUUGUACUAUAUUUUAAAUAUUUCUUCAACGUGGUUUUCAUAUGCUACAAGCUCGAUUCUACGAAAAAAUGGGAAUAUCAGAAUUUGGCAGCUGAACUACAGAGACUGUUACCGGAUUACACAGUACAAUGGGGAUAUAUUCAGCCACCGAAUAUCAUUUUAUUAAUUGGAAUCCUGGCUCUACAGUUUUGGUUCAAAGGACUUUACAAUUUAAUAUCGAAAAUAUUUCAAAUGACAGUAAAAAAAGCUCUACUUACUAUAAGUCUGACUUUCCUUUUCGUAAUUUUACCGUUCCUGAUGGAGACUAAAAAUGACUUUGGAAUACAUUACGAGAGCCAUAAUAUUUACUCAAAGAAUAUUAGUGAUUUAGAAUUUGUGGAUGUGGAUCAAAUGGUUGAAAUAAUCAAGGAAAAUGCCACGGGAUUUACUUUACCAAGAGGACUUGCUGUUGCAGGUAUUCUUUUCAUCCCUCGCAUUAUUAAGUCAAUAAAAAGACGUCGCUAAGCCAUGUAUAAAAUAUAUAUUUUCAAUAAAAAAAAAUAUAUAUAAUAAUGAAA